GAGCUGGAGAAGCGGCCGCAGCCGCAGCCGCCUCGGAGCUCUGAGGAGCUGGAGGAUCUGCAUAAGCUGCUGCACUUCCCCGAGGAGGUGGCGCUCAGGUUGACGGAAAGCGAGUACCAUCUAUUCUACCAGGUACCACCGCACGAGUACCUGAGGCACGUGACACAGGAUCAAACCACGUUGCAAAAACCACCUGCCAGGCCACCCCCGUCGCCGAGUCACAGCUGCAGCAACCCCAGCACCACUAACAGCUCGACCCAAACUGAGGACGAAUUAUCCUGGCCUGUUGCCACGGUGUACUCUACCGUGCAGAUCCUCAUUGAUCGUUUCAAUGAGGUAAGCUCAUGGGCCACUCACGCGAUCAGCAGCUGUGCCACGGUAGAAGAACGACAGGCAGUGCUGUCCUGUCUUCUACGCGUCGCGCUAACCUGUUGGAAUACCGGAAACUUUAAUUCAGCUAUGGAGAUAAUUGCCGGUCUGAAAUCCAACAAGCUGAAGCCGAUUUGGCAAGAACGAGGCAUGAACGAGCGCAUCCCAGUCAUGGAGUAUCUCUCCUCUGCCCUUUUGUCUUCCGAAUACGAACAUGCGCUUGCUCGCGCUCUCGCGAUGCCGGAAUGCCCAGUGGUACCAUUCUUCGGGGCUUUCCUACGCGAGCUGCGGGAAGUUAUCGCGUGCGAUAUAAAGCCUCAGCCCGAGUUCAAGGAAAAUCGGGAGUCACCACGUGUUAGCAUUAAGGAGAGUGAACCUCAAGAACACGUGCCUUCCUCUGCGCCGGUCGCCAGGAUCGCCGUCGAGAGUAACACAGAGACGCCGUCAGGAUGGAGUUCAAGGAGCGGCUCCUUGAACAAACCGGAGAACCCCAUCGCACCAGUCCAUGAUACAAAUUCCGUUCUCGACAAAGUCGCGCUCUUUCACAAGCAUCGACAUGCUCGUGGCAGAGACGCGACUACUGGUUCCCUUCAUCGUACCCUGAGCGUUCACACGACAGCAAUUGAGCAAACCUACAUGGCGGAGGAAUGCGACGAGAAUGACUAUCAUCUUGAUUUAGACUCCUACAAACCCGUGCAGCCACUCAAGAUCGACCACGGAGUCGCUUUGUUUCCCGUUGCCGCGCCACACACUGGCAUGGAUCUUCAUCUUCUGCAGGUGUUACAUCAUGGCACGACUUUGGUGCAUUGGGAUUGUGAGGGUGGUACCUCGAGAACAGCAUUGGUGUUCGCACGCGUCGAUCGCGCUUGUGGCACUUUCGUGUGGGAAAAGCCACCCUGGAGUCCUUUAAAAACGGCGCAAGUUGGAGGUGCCGUUCUCGCAGAGGUUUCGCUAACCACGAACCCGGAGGAUGCGAUACCAGCGGGCCUAGUCGGCAGGUACACGCAGCAGCAGGCUGACUGCGCUUCUGUCACUUUGGAGGAGGGAUAUCUCGACCUGGGAUCGGUGAAAGAGAUAAUGAUCGGCUGUUGCGAUCGCGACCGAGAGGCUGAUCUCAGGAGCAUCUGCAAGAGAUACGGCCUACCUGGCUCCGACUGCUGCAUCGGCCUCAUGUAUGGCUCCAAUCUUCCGGACAAUCGACUGAUCUUCCUACUUUGCCCUCCCGCUCUUAGCAAAAUAUGGUACAUGGGAUUAUGCUGGAUAUUGCGAGGCCUCAAACGACAACAACAGUUAACAGAUCGUAGAUCACGCUGGUUAAAAGAAAAAUAUCUUCAGUUAUACUUUUCCUACUUGGAACAACCGAUAGAAGGCUUGGAACAGCCGACGACAGCCGAUGCUAUUCGCAUUUUCGGCGGUCGCGACUGGUCUAUGACAGAAAGUGUUGGCACGCUGUCUCCAACGAGCAGCAGCACUUUACGCAGACGAAAUGUUAAAGGCAAAAAGACAAAAUCAAUCGGCAACAUUCAUGCUUUAACCAAGGAUCUAAGUAUAAAACAAUACGACUCCUCGACCUCGGAUGGAGGUCUGUGCACUACACCUCUUCGUCAUAUCGCUGGAAGCAGAGAGUCUUUAACGAGGAUCUUGCCAGCGUCACCGAGAGCAAGCCGAGAUCGAAUUCCGCCACGUAGUCCACCCGGUUCCGCCGACCGUAUUACUUCCAACUUGCCUUAUUCCGCUUUUCAAAGUUUAUUAUGUGUCGCCAGAGAAAAGGACAAGAAUGGAUCUGGUGGUAUAUCAGGAGGCUUUGAAGCUCCUUGGCAUAUGAAAGGAGUGCGCACUACCUCGAUUAUGUAUGAGACACAAUUAAACUUUGUGGAAUUCGUUGCGCUUUUCCGAUCAUUCAGUUUACGAGCCAGAAAAGAUUUGCGUGAUCUGUUCGGUCAAUUAGCAAUAACAUGUCGUAGCCAGAGUGAUGGAUCGUUAAGAGACUUCAACAUUCGUCCGGUAGUGCUCAGACAAACCAGUGAUGCCACUCCACAAAGAAUCGGUUUAUUGACGAGAAACAACUCUAUUGACUGUCACGAAUACAAGACGGGCAGCAACCUACAAAAAAAGCAGAUCUUUGAUGCUGUUGCGGCGGCUAGUAUAAUCAAUAAUUGUUCGGGCGUGGAUACGUCGAAAUCCCAAGUAAUUACUUUAGCAACAUUUACGAAAUUUCUGGAAUCUCGGCAGCAGGAAAAGUUGAAUGACGACGAAAUCAAGGCACUGAUCAAGAGGCAUGAACCGGAUCCGGCACUUCGCACACAGUGGUGUUUGUCUUUUGAGGGUUUUGCACGGUAUAUGAUGGACAAGGACAAUUAUGCCUUCCCGAACGAGUAUGCAACACCGUCCGAAACCGAAAUGCAGCAGCCUCUGUCGCAAUAUUACAUUGCAAGUUCCCACAACACGUAUUUAACAGGACAUCAACUCAAAGGAGAGUCCUCCGUACAGUUAUAUUCGCAGGUGCUUUUAACCGGAUGUCGUUGUGUAGAGCUCGAUUGUUGGGACGGUGACGAUGGAUCACCAUUGAUUUAUCAUGGUCAUACUUUCACUACGAAAAUACCAUUUCGCUCCGUUGUGGAAGCGAUAGAUCGAAGCGCCUUUGUCAGUUCCCCUUAUCCCAUAAUCCUUUCCAUCGAGAAUCAUUGUUCGCCAAGUCAGCAAGCUCGUAUGGCUCAAAUAUUUCAGUCUGUUUUUGGCGAGAAAUUGGUGACGAAAUUUCUCUUCGAGUCCGACUUCAGUGACGAUCCUCAACUGCCUUCGCCUUCGCAACUUCGUUACCGAAUUUUGAUAAAAAAUAAGAAGCUGGUGAUCGAUCCUGCCGGCCCCUUGUCGCACACACCCCUUAGUCAUCGAGGGAAAAUGCUUAUGACGGAUCGCGCAUCUUCCAUGAAACAAAUGCGGACUGAUGUAAGCAGCACAUCAGUCGUGGAAUAUUUUAGCGAGGAUGAAGAUGACGAAGAGGAUGACGAUGAGGAUGACAACAUCGAUGAUAAUUCGAUUUCGAGCUACGAGAGAUAUCUGGGUGGUGGCCAAGUGCCGCACGGUCGUUUAAAAUCGGAUCCAGGAGUGGAUGACAAGACGCAAAAGCAAAGUAGUCAGAUAGCCAAGGAAUUGUCGGACUUGGUAAUUUAUCUGCAGGCGAUUAAAUUUCGCGGACUAAAUACUAUGCCAGUCGGACCAGGAAAAAUACGUCAUCAAUCGCAUACAGGACCAGUUCAGAGGCAUAGCAUCGCCGGUAUAGGACCUAGCAGUAUAGCUUCCUCAUCAGGAUCGCCGCAAUCACUUUCGACGUCCGCCUCGAUCGCGAGCGGCGGUAGCAACAUCGAUAAUAUCUUCAGAUCCACUCGUGGAAUGCCGGCCUGUUUCCAAUGUUCAUCUCUGAACGAAAGCUCGGCGAAGAAAAUCUGUAGGAAACAACCGUUAGGCGUAGUCGCUCAUGCUGAAACUCAACUCAUUCGAACGUAUCCUGCAGGAAUGCGUAUUGAUUCCACAAAUUUCAAUCCUGUAAUAUUUUGGGCUUUUGGAAUCCAAAUGGUUGCGUUGAAUUAUCAAACUGAUGACGCGGGAUUAAAUCUGAAUUCAGCCAUGUUUGAGCAAAGCGGUCAAUGCGGAUAUGUUAGAAAACCUUCAGUGAUGUGGGAUAAAGGUCAUAUGAUGUACAGGCGAUUCAACCCUUGGGACAAAGAAUUCGAUGGGCUGCAUUCUGCGCAUUUAAGUCUAUCAAUAGUCUCAGGACAAUACGUUUCGGUUACGAACUUCGUCACCAGCACAUAUGUUGAGGUCGAGUUGGUCGGUAUACCGAUCGAUUGCGCGAAACACAAAACAAAGGUGAUCCAUAACAAUGCGUUGAAUCCUAUCUGGAAUGAAAAAUUCUGCUUCCAAGUGAUGUUCAAAGAUCUCGCCUUCCUACGUUUCGGUGUUAUCGAAGCAAGCUCUCAUCACGUGAUCGCGCAACGCGUAAUACCGCUUAAAUGUCUACGACCUGGCUAUCGACACGUACGAUUACGAUCUUGUAAAAACAAGCCAUUAGCCCUUUCUACGCUUUUUAUCUAUUCCCGCUUGGAGGAGGAGAGUUUGGACUAUAACACCUGCUGCCGUGAUCAUAAAGAGUCAUCUAAGCGUCUCUCGUCGAGCAAAGAACCUGAGAAACUGAGCACCGUUGAUCCCGGAUCCCUAGGUGGUGUCACCUUGAAGAGACGAAUGUUCUUCCUAAUGGUUUAUCAUGUGAUACCAGACGAGCCGUACACCAUUCUGAAAGUGACCCAGGAGAGUACUACGCAAGAGGUGAUGCUGCAGGCGUUGCAGAAGGCCGGAAUAUCGCCGGAUCAUGUAGAUGAGUACAUUUUGGUAGAGGAAGUGUCCCGCGGAUGGGAGAAAAGAGACAAGGAAGAGCUACCGACUCAACGUGUGCUGGAUCCUACAGAACAUCCCCUUCAAGCACAGGCCCUAUGGAAAGGGCAAGGUCGCUUCCUGUUGAAGCGAGUAGGCGAUGAUCCAAGCAGUAGAGCGUGGCUCGCCUCUAUCAGAAGCACGGCCGGCCACUCGAAGCUCAACGAUUCCAACACGAGGGACCAAUCCACUCACAUAUGGGACGAGGCAGACACCUUUCUAGUCUGCAUUUAUAACGUUUCGCCGGAGAUCCCUUAUGCGAUUCUACGUGUGCCGAUAAGCAGUUCAGCUCAAGACGUGUUAGCGCAAGCUCUGAUAAAGGCCAGAAGAAUGGAGAACCCAACCAAGUUUGCUCUGGUCGAGGAGCUGGAAUGGGGUGGUGCGGGUGCUGUCGGAAGUGGAAAUCGUCAGUUAAGAGUAUUGAGUGACGAUGAAAAUGUUUAUACCACUCAAGCCUUUUGGAAAACUCUCGGCAGGUUUAUCCUUAGAGAAAGAGAACAAGCCAUUCCGAGACGGAACUUGUUGCCAGCGACCCUCGAUAGACUCAGUAAGGGAUUUUCCGUAGGUAGAUCAGUGUCCCUGCCAGGAUCCAGCAAAGAAAAGGUGCCUGUUUCGGAAGCACUGUCGGACCCCACUUCUAGAGGCCUGAGACAUCGGCUAAUGAUGUCGGGACGUAGACGAGAAGUUCAUUCUGAUGGAGAAGAUACGCGUGAAUCUGACAUACUGAAUGUUGCUUUUCAACUGAAGAAGGUCUCGUUCAGAAAAUUAAUGAGCUGGAAGUCAUAGUGGCAGUCAAGGGCGUCGUCGAUAUCAUCGAUCUUCGCCGCUCGGAGAAGUCACCCGUAAGCUCGUAGUCCAAUUAUUAUGAUCAGAAACUAGUUCUGGUCUUGCGAAACAUUUUUCAUGCCGACGAUCCUGUCGAGGUGCGAUCUCAAAUUAAAAGAAGAGCUUCAGAGAGCUGAAAGAUUUCACUUUAUCAAGAAUUUAUGUAAUACAAGCGUCACAUGGACGAUCGAACAAGUUAGAAUCUAUAAGUCGUUAAGCCGAAUGAACAAGAACAAGUGGUACGAACAGAAUACUUAAUAUCUAUCGCGAUAUAUCAGACAAUGUGUUUUCAUCACUAAUUAUGUGAUAAUAUGCAAAAAAAUUUCUCCAAUAGAAAAAGAAAAAAAAAUUAAUUUCUUCGAGAAAGAGCAAAAUAACUUUUUGGGAAAUUUUAAUGUCUGGAAAACAACACGACAUUGUUAAAUUCGAUUAUCUUCACGAUAUUUGAGCGAAAUAUUGAAUGAUAAAAUCGCCAUCACUGCAGAAAAUAACUUCGGCAAAUCGAACUUUUCAAAGAGAAUCGAACGAUACCGACAUGGAGAUUAUUACGCCGCAAUUUUCAAAGAUUUUUCAAGAGUUUUAAAAAGAUAUAGCAUAUAUCUAAACUUACGACGUAGUACAAUCAUUAAGUGGCAAAGCGACGAUUCUUAAAUCCUUUAAAUUCGCAUGAAAGCCAAGCAUCAUAUUGAAUUUAGUUACAUGGCAGUAAAUUUGUAUCAGACGCGGAUUGAUGCUGCAGCUUCCGCGUUUGAGACGCGCUGGCGCGUCGAAAAAAAAAUUAAAUAUCACGCGUCAUGUCUGAUUUUAUUAUUUUUGUACAACGAAAAGAGAGAGAUCGCACCGGGCGAUCUCUAAACAUUUUGCCAAACGACGAUUCUAAGUGAUUUUUAGAUCCGUGACAUAUUCGUAAUGUUUAGACGUAUUAGAAGUGCUUCCCUGUUCAAACAUGUUUCCGUUUGAAAUAUAUCGGAUUCGCCUUCGUCUAAUCGAUAUAUCGCAUCUCCAAAGAAAUUACGUAGCUUCAUGUGACUUCUCGUCAUAAGCAUUAUUUUUAUCAUUUACGUCGUACCUGAGGUUUUCCAUUGAUACAAGAGUUACGCUAUCGCGUAUAAACUCUGUAAUAAAGUUAUAUAUCGCUGUUAUCGCACUUUAUUUGUUCGCUCUAUUAAUGUUAAUAAUUUUUUUCUGCGUCUAGUCAACCAUGUGAUAAGGAAUUUGAGUAUAGAAUCCGAUGAGAAUAUCAUAAUGUAUAUUGGGAGUUGCUACUUAAAAAACGUAUUUACUAUACAUAUAUUGUUAACGCUAGAGGGUAGAUCGGUGUUGCAUUCUCGAUUACCGUCCCUCUCUCCUAACUGUUUUAGCGAGCGUAUGUAUACGUAGACUAUAAAUACGAGACCAAGGAGUGUCGAUGGAAUGAAAAACCGCGUCCGAAUGUGCUAUUGCUCUAUUCGAUUAUUUUUUCACGUGACAAGGCAUUCGAUCAUCGACGAUCUUCGUCGUAUGCUCGAAGCCGGUAGCCUAAUUUUAUGGAAAAUAAUUUCGCUAAUAACGUUAAUUAAUUAACUAAUGAGAAACAAUAUGGAACAAUAUCUGACGUCGCAAACCAGUGAGGUCGCGAGAUAGCCUUGCCCCGUCUUCCACGUCCGAAUCGUCCCAAAUAUUUUAUAUUUUUUCGAGACGGCUCCGCAGACUGACUUUUAGGCGAAUCUGUAUAGCUGUACGACACGAAAACACCAGGAUUUUUUAAUACUAUGAGAAAAAUAUAGAAAUAUAUAUACUAGUCAUAUCUUUCUCCGAGAUGCUUCGCGACGUCACUGGGGACUCUGUAUAUUUUUGGAUACCACUUCCUUCCUUACUCUUCAUGUCUGUCCGAAAAUACGUAAUCAUAUCACAUAUCCACAUAAGAGACCAAAUGAGCGAAACAGAUAAAUAGAAGAAAUGAGAAACAAACCGGGCAAUUUCAUUUGUACACAUAUCUCUGAUUAUGAGUAAGUAAAACAAAUAAAAUAAGAAAAACAUUAUUUGAUAGAUAAAAGAAAUAUCAUUUGAUAGAAGAGAAUAAAUCAGUGAGAACCGAAAACAAUUGUUUUAUUUGCUAAGUAUGGAAAGAAAGAUAAAAAUCUGAUUAAUCCGAUUUGUAGAUCAAAUUACUGAAAACAAAUAAGAAAAAUAUUGGGGGUACAAAUAAGUUUCCGUCAUUUGCAAAAGA